AAGUUCCGGUUGUCGAUGGACGCAUGCGCAUUCGUGGCAAGGAUUAGAAAUCGAUGACUGAAUGAAACAAGGGCGCCUCCCAUCCAACCUCAAAUAUCACAAUGACAGACAAACAAAGUGCCCAGAAAAGUGUCAAAAUAGCCGCCGGAGCGGUAGUUUGUGUUGAAAGUGACAUCAAAGGAGAUGUUACCAUUGGACCCAGGACAGUGGUUCACCCAAAGGCUCGGAUCAUUGCAGAAGCAGGACCCAUCGUGAUUGGAGAAGGCAAUUUGAUCGAGGAGCAAGCUGUUAUCAUUAACAGCCUUCCAGAAAAUAUCACACCAGACUCUGAGGUGGAACCGAAGACUAUGACCAUUGGUGUCAACAAUGUGUUUGAAGUUGGCUGUGUAUCACAAGCCCUGAAAAUCGGUGACAACAACGUGAUAGAAUCUAAAGCUGACGUUGGUAGGAAUGUGAUCCUCACCAGUGGCUGCAUCAUCGGCGCUUUCUGUCAGGUCAACACCUGUGAGGUUAUACCCGAGAACACAGUCAUCUAUGGCUCUGGAUGCAUGAGGCGGGUUCAGACGGAGAGACCACAGCCGCAGACUCUUCAGCUCGACUUCCUGAUGAAGAUUUUGCCAAACUACCACCAUCUGAAGAAAACCGUUAAAGCAGGUCACAGCGGGAACUGAGACAUAACUUUAUACUUUUUUUGUUGUUUUUUUUAAGUUGGAUUGUAAAUGGCCGGCGAACCCGCGUUUAAAUAGAUCUUGCUGCAAAACAACAUGUAUGUAUAUAAUUAUAUAAUAUGUUUCUAGCCUGAAUAAUUUUUCCUGACUGAUAUUUUCUAUUCUAAACUGCAACAGCAGAUCAGGUUUUUAAACUUCAUCAUGCUGUGCCUAUGCACCAUUUUGUCAUUAAAUAACCUAAAGUGUU